UCCGCCGUGGGGCCGUGGGGCCGUGACCGUUCCUCCCCGUCCACCCGUGGCGGAGCGGGGCCUCGGAUCCUCGGCGCGUUUCCACACCGGCCGAGAGGUUUUGAGGGGUGAGGCAGGAGGUUCUGGACUCGAUGAGUUUCCCCCGCAAUGUCGGAGAAGUCAGGCCAGAGCACAAAAGCAAAGGAUGGGAAAACAAAGUAUGCAACACUCAGUCUAUUUAAUACGUACAAAGGAAAGUCACUAGAAACUCAGAAAACCACAGUUGCUGCUCGCCAUGGAUUACAGAGUCUUGGAAAAGUUGCUGUUUCGCGGCGUAUGCCCCCACCUGCUAAUCUCCCUAGUCUGAAGGCAGAGAACAAAGGCAAUGAUCCAAAUGUGAACAUCGUGCCUAAGGAUGGCUCAGGGUGGGCUUCUAAGCAAGAACAACACGAGGAAGAAAAACCACCCGAAGUGCCACCAGCAGCACAGCCAAAACCUGGAGUUGCUGCUCCCCCAGAGGCUCCUCCUGUCCCCAAAUCAUGGGCCAGUAACAAACAAGGUGGGCAAGGAGAUGGUGUCCAAGUAAAUAGCCAUUUUCAACAAGAGUUUCCCAGUCUGCAGGCAGCUGGGGAUCAGGAGAAAAAGGAAAAAGAUGCAAAUGAUGAAGCCUAUGGAUCUGGACCCAACUUAAGGCCACCAAAUGUUUCUACUUGGAGAGAUGGUGGUAAAUCUGGCCCACUCUCUCCGGGUGACCAAGAAAAUAAACUCCCCGGUCAAGAAGACGGCACACCCGGAACAGCAGAGCAGAAUGAUGCCCUUAAAGCUGCCGAAAAGAGGCUGCCUGGUGUUCCACCACAGUUGCCUCAGCCCAGAGUCAAUGGGCAGCAGCAGCCUGGUCUUGCUUCUCAGUACAGGGCAAUGAUGCCUCCUUAUAUGUUUCAGCAGUAUCCUAGAAUGGCAUAUCCUCCAAUGCAUGGUCCAGUCAGGUUCCCUCCUUCGUUAUCUGAUGCUAACAAAGGUCCCCGAGGGAGAGGCCCGCCCCCUUCAUGGGCCCCUGAGCCCGAGCGUCCCUCGAUCCUUAGCGCAACUGAACUCAAGGAGCUUGAUAAAUUUGAUAACCCAGAUGUCGACCCUGACGAAGGCUGGGCUGGAGCCCAGAUGGAAGUGGAUUAUACCGAACAACUGAAUUUCAGUGAUGAUGAUGAGCAGGGGGGUAGUCAGAAAGAAAAUCGGGAUGACGGCGAAGAGCAAACUUCAAAGGGCUCUGAAAACUCCGAAGGUCAAAAAGAAAAUGAAGGUCCCAGCACCAAACCUCCUCAGACACUUCCACAGCCACCAGUAACCAAAGGACCCUGUGGCAAAGGUCCUCCAUUCAGUCAGGAACACGGGCUCCCCCCAGGACAGUCUCUAUUACAUGAAAAGAACAAUUCCAUUCACCUACCACCUCAUCCAAAAUCUCUUAUGCAACAGCAUCCACCUCCAGAUCGCCAGGCAGGUCCUGGAAGACAGGGUCCCUUUCCCCCUAAGCAGCCGGUUCCUGAUGAGGAUGAAGUUUGGAAACAAAGACGAAGGCAGCAGUCAGAAGUCUCCGCUGCAGUGGAGCGUGCCCGGAAGCGGCGAGAAGAGGAGGAACGGAGAAUGGAAGAGCAAAGAAAGGCCGCUUGUGCAGAGAAGCUGAAACGGUUAAAUGAGAAAUACGGCAUUGUAGAAAAACAACCCUCUCCAGAGGAGGUCAGGGAGAGGGAGCGGGAAAAGGAACGAGAGCGAGAAAAGGAACGGGAGAAGGAACGCGAGCGCGAGAGGGAGAAGGAACGGGAGCGAGAAAAGGAGAGAGAACGAGAGCGGGAAAAGGAGCGUGAACUAGAAAGGCAGCGGGAAAAGGAGAAGGAACUCGAGAAGGAGAGGGAACUGGAGCGGCAGCGGGAAAAGGAGAGAGAACUGGAGCAGCAGCGAGAAAAGGAAAGAGAACUGGAGAAAGAGCAUGAAAAGGCGCGGGAACAGGAGAGGGAGCGCCAAAGGGAAGAAGAGUGUGAAAGGGAGCGUGAAAAAGAACAAGAAAAAGUGGAAGUCAAGUUAGAGCCCAAAGAACCUGUGAUAGAACCUGUAAUAGAGAAACAAGAAAAUGAAAGCAGCAAUAAUAAAGAAACCAGAGAGGAGCAGCCAGCCUUCACUAGGCAAGACAGUAAUCGGAGUGAGAAAGAGAGCACACAGGCGGUUCAUGAAACAGAACCAGAUUCAGGGUCUCUGCCUCGCCCUGCUGUCUCAUCAGGUUACUCCAAACAGUUUCAGAAGUCACUACCACCACGGUUCCAGAGGCAGCAGGAGCAGAUGAAACAACAACAGUGGCAACAGCAACAACAGCAAGGCGUACUUCCACCGGCUGCUCCUUCCCAGCCGUCCACUGGGGCCGUCCCUCCUCCCCCGCACAGGCCUCUCUACCAGCCAAUGCAACCCCACCCUCAACAUUUGGCGUCCAUGGGCUUCGAUCCUCGGUGGCUUAUGAUGCAGUCUUACAUGGACCCGCGAAUGAUGUCUGGACGACCUGCCAUGGACCUUCCGCCCAUGCACCCUGGAAUGAUGCCACCUAAGCCACUAAUAAGAAGAGAUCAGAUGGAAGCGUCUCCAGCUAGUUCAGAAUCUUUUGAACAUAUUACUCGGUCUGCAAGAGAUCAUGCUGUCUCCCUUAGUGAACCUCGUAUGAUGUGGGGGUCAGAGCCCUAUCCCCACGCCGAGCCUCAACAGGCGAAUACUCCUCCCAAAGUGACCGAAGAACCCGAAAACCUCAGACCCGAAGCUCCUUUGGAGCAAGAAGUCAUCUCCACUGCUUAUCCUGUAGAACGCAAUCAGCUGGACUCUCAUCCAAAGACGGAAUUUUUCAGAGAAACUGGUGAAGCCGAGGUACAGAAGCUUCCAAGCAGGUCUUUGGAAGAAGUUCGACCUCACCAUACUGAACUAACCAACCAAGCUCCUACUCUUGAGGCAGCUGAUCAGAAUAUUGCACCCAGCUCUCAGGAAGAGCCAGUGCUAAUUGGAGAAAGCCAGUCUGUCCAGAAGAGAAGCAUUUCCCAUGGCCCUAGCCAUCCUGUCAAAGCAGAGGAGCCAAGAAAUGAGACAUCGGCUAACAUUCCCAAAGUAAAUAGCAGAUGUGUGGAUACAAAAGAACCAGCUGAAAGACAUGAGGAUAAACCAAAAAGAGAAGGUUUCACAAGAUCUUGUGAAGGACCAAAAUUAGACAGACCUUACAAGUCCAAGUCUGAAACUCGUUGGGGCCCAAGACCAGGCUCUAGCAGGAGGGAGGAAGGGAUCGAUAGACCAAUCAGAAGGUCCGGGCCUAUUAAGAAACCCGUACUUCGAGACAUGAAAGAAGAACGGGAGCAAAGGAAGGAAAAAGAGGGAGAAAAGGGAGAAAAAACAAUUGAGAAAGUGGUGAAACCUGAAAAGAUUGAGAAGAAGGAACCGCCGCCUCCAGCUCCAGCUCAGAUUGCACCUCAGCCCCUUCCUCCACCUCCCAAACCAGAGCCAGAAAAACCUGCCUCUGACACUUCAAAUGUGGCUAAAAAGCCACCCUUGGAUACUGAUAAGCCUUUAGAAGCCCCAGAGAGCGUUCAGGUCGAGACUGCGGUUAAGCCUGCAAGUCAGCAACCUGCUCCCCCUCCCGCACCCAAGGAAGAGAAGCAACCGGAAAGAGUAAUCAGCAAAGAUCACGUUUUUGAGCGUCCUCGCCCAGAUUCAAGGCCAAUUAGAAAAGAGUCGACUUUACCCCCCAGAACUUACUGGAAAGAUUCUCGAGAGAGAGAUUGGUUCCCUGAUCAGGGAUACAGAGGCAGAGGCCGAGGAGAAUAUUACUCCAGGGGUCGUAGUUAUAGAGGCUCUUACGGGGGCCGUGGGCGGGGUGGUAGGGGCCAAAGCCGAGAUUAUCCUAACUACAGAGACCCUAAGCCAAGAACGGAGCAUCUGCCUUCUGGAGCCCUCCGGCAGCGAGAAGAGAGCGAAACUCGGAGCGAGAGCUCUGAUUUUGAAAUAGUCCCCAAAAGACGGCGACAGCGGGGUUCGGAGACCGACUCGGACAGUGAAGUCCACGAAAGCGCAAGCGACACCCUCCUCUCGGACAAAGACAGCCUGAGCAAAGGCAAACACCCAAAGAGAGAAGAAAGGCCAGAGAACAAAAGGCCGCCCAAGCCCCUGCUCUCCUUCAAACCGGAGAACAGCAUCAGAGUAGAUGGCCGGCCCCUAGAGAAGCCCUACGGAAGAGAGGAUGAUACUAAGCCCAAGCCUGGCUUCCUGCCUAAAGGAGAACCCUCCAGGCGAGGAAGAGGGGCUCCCGGCAUGUUCAGGCGGGGCGGAAGGGACCCCAGCGGCCGCCCACCCCGGCCCUCCACCAUCCGGAGGCCAGCCUACAGAGAUGCUCAGUGGACUCCGAGGCAAGCGGAGACUCCUAAACCGGAGGACGGAGAGCCUCCAAGAAGGCAGGAGCCAUUUGUCCCCGGACCAGCCGACAAAAGACCCCCAAAAUUUGAGCGGAAAUUCGAUCCAACCCGAGAGAGGCCGCGAAGGCAGCGGCCCGCCCGACCGCCAAGGCAGGAUAAGCCCCCACGAUUUAGACGACUCAAGGAGAGAGAGGCGGCUUCCAAGAUAAACGACGUGGCCCCGGCCUCUGCCACGAGCGGCACCGUGAAUAACGUGGCCCAGGAACAGGCCAACGCUGCCGCGGACGUUUCGGGCACCAAGACCCCUGACCUAUCCAAUCAGAACUCUUCGGAUCAGGCCAACGAAGAGUGGGAGACAGCUUCUGAGAGCAGCGACUUCAACGAGAGACGUGAGCGCGAUGAAAAGAAAAAUGCCGAUCUGAGCGCCCAGGCAGCUGCCAAGGCAGGAGAGAAUGCUCUACCCCCCAAAAGGGAAAUAGCCAAGAGAAGCUUUUCCAGUCAGCGACCUGGAGUAGAUCGCCAGAAUCGCCGGGGCAACGGCGGUCCACCCAAGUCGGGAAGAAACUUCUCUGGCCCCCGGAGUGAAAGGCGUAACGGUCCUUCUUUGAGAAGUGGGAAGAGAGGGCCAUUCGAAGACCAAACAGGUGGUAAUGCAAGUGUUGAUCCAGUCAAUGGCAGCUCAGUGAAUCAAGAGGGGGGACCUAAUGGCAUGGGACAGAAGAAUUCUAAGGAGGCUGGUGGAAAAAAAAGAGAAGACCCUAAACCAGGUCCAAAGAAGCCUAAAGAGAAAGUGGAUGCCCUGUCCCAGUUUGACCUCAACAACUAUGCAAGUGUUGUAAUCAUUGAUGACCAUCCUGAAGUGACAGUAGUUGAAGAUCCCCAGUCAAACUUGAAUGAUGAUGGCUUUACUGAAGUUGUAUCCAAAAAGCAACAGAAACGCUUGCAGGAUGAAGAGCGCAGAAAGAAAGAAGAACAAACUGUGCAGGUGUGGACCAAAAAGAGUUCGAACGAGAAAGGAAGAAGCCAGAAUUCUAAACUUCCGCCCCGAUUUGCCAAAAAGCAACAGCAAGUUGCGGUAGUCCAGCAGGCCCAGGUGCCAGCCCCAGUACCAGCCCCAGUAGCAGCCCCGGCUCCAGCAUCAGCUCCCGCCGCACAGACCGCGGCCCAGCCUCAGUCACAGACCCCAACGCCGACGCCGACACCGACUCCGAGCCAACCGCAGACUGCGGUUCAGCCGCAAGGCCAGACAACAAAUGCCACAGACACAACAAAUGGUACGGAUUACGUGGCCACGGGAAAGCCCUCACAGAAUGUGCCUUCUCAAGGCACUCUAGGAGCGGAAUUGUGGGAUAAUAAGGUAGCCCCUACAGCAGUCCUGAACGACAUCUCCAAGAAAUUGGGACUGAUUAGUCCUCCACAGCCACCUCCAGUCAGUGCGUGGAAUAAGCCGUUAACAUCUUUCGGCCCUGCUGCACCCCCAGAGGGAGCAAAGAAUGGACAGGAAAGCUCAGUUGAACUUGGAAUUGAAACAAUCCAGUUUGGUGCCCCAGCCUCAAAUGGAAGUGAAAAUGAAACUGCUCCUGUGCUGUCUGAAAAAUCAACUGACAAAUUGCCUGAGCCUAAAGAGCAGCGGCAGAAGCAGCCCCGUGCCGGGCCCAUCAAAGCUCAAAAGCUUCCAGAAUUGAGUCCAGUAGAGAACAAAGAACAUAAGCCCGGUCCCAUCGGGAAAGAACGCUCAUUAAAAAACCGUAAAGUGAAGGACGUCCAACAGGUGGAGCCCGAUGGACAGGAGAAGACCAGCCCUCCCGCUGUCAGAAAUGGCAAUCCCGUUCCCACGAAGGAAACCAAAGCCGUUUCGGAAAUGAGUGCUGAAAUUGGAACGAUGAUAUCUGUGUCGGCCCCGGAGUUUGCCACUAAUACAAAGGAAUCGGUAACAGACUACACUUCACCUUCUUCUUCACUGCCCAGCACUGUGGCCACCAGCAAUACAAAGAUGGAAGAGACUUUGGUGACUAAUAUGGAAUCUGCUCGCAAAGCGUGGGAAAACUCUCCGAAUGUGAGGGAAAAGAGUUCCCCAGCAACUUCAACAGCCGCCCCAAUUACCAGCGUUGGGGGCAGCAGUUCCAGUGGACCGAACCCUGCCAAUUACAACUCUUUCUCUAGUGCAUCGAUGCCUCCUAUUCCUGUGGCUUCAGUCACUCCUACAACUUCAUUAUCAGGAGCUGGUACAUACACUACCUCUUCCCUGAGUACUAAGUCUACCACCACUUCGGACCCUCCCAACAUUUGUAAAGUGAAACCCCAACAGUUACAGACAAGCAGCCUUCCUUCUGCAAGUCAUUUUUCCCAGCUGAGCUGCAUGCCCUCCCUUAUUGCCCAGCAACAGCAGAGUCCCCAGGUCUAUGUAUCUCAGUCUGCAGCAGCUCAGAUCCCAGCUUUCUAUAUGGACACAAGUCAUCUGUUCGGCACUCAGCAUGCCCGUCUGGCUCCACCAUCCCUGGCUCAGCAACAAGGCUUCCAGCCAGGACUUUCCCAGCCCACUUCUGUACAACAGAUUCCAAUCCCCAUCUAUGCACCCCUUCAAGGACAGCAUCAAGCUCAGCUAAGCUUGGGAGCGGGGCCGGCUGUUUCCCAGGCUCAGGAAUUAUUCAAUUCAUCCCUGCAGCCGUAUAGAUCACAGCAAGCCUUUAUGCAAAGCAGUCUAUCCCAGCCAUCCCCCGUGGUUCUGUCUGGUACGGCCUUGCAUAACUUUCCAGCGGUGCAACAUCAGGAGCUUGCCAAGGCACAGUCAAGUCUUGCGUUUCAGCAGACUUCUAACACCCAGCCAAUCCCUAUCUUGUACGAGCAUCAGCUCAGCCAGGCUUCUGGACUAGGAGGCUCGCAACUUAUUGACACACAUCUUCUUCAGGCUAGAGCAAGUCUCACACAAGCUUCAAAUAUUUACUCUGGGCAAGUUCAACAGCCUGGUCAGAGCAAUUUCUAUAAUACUGCCCAGUCUCCCAAUGCUCUCCAGCAGGUAAACUAUGGCAUGGUAACAGUGCCAUUACCUGCUUCCCAGCUUUCUUUACCUAACUUUGGAUCGACGGGGCAGCCUCUAAUUGCUCUGCCUCAGACCCUCCAGCCCCCAUUACAACAUACACCCCCACAGCCUCCGGCCCAGAGCCUCAGUCGGCCCGCACAAGUAAGCCAGCCUUUUCGAGGAUUAAUCCCCGCCGGAACUCAGCACAGCAUGAUCGCUACUACUGGAAAGAUGUCAGAAAUGGAUCUGAAAGCCUUUGGAAGCGGUAUUGAUGUAAAGCCAGGUACUCCUCCAAUCGGUGGUAGAAGCACCACUCCGACGUCCAGUCCUUACCGGGCCAGUUCUACGAGUCCAAACAGCCAGUCCAGCAAAAUGAACAGCAUUGUCUACCAGAAGCAGUUCCAGUCCGCAGCUGCCACUGUGAGGAUGACCCAGCCGUUUCCUCCCCAGUUCGCACCCCAGAUCCUCUCUCAGCCUAACCUGGUCCCUCCAUUGGUAAGAGCCCCACAUACUAACACCUUCCCAGCGCCUGUUCAGAGGCCGCCAAUGGCACUGGCCAGUCAGAUGCCUCCUCCGAUGACCACAGGCCUCAUGAGCCACCCUCGUUUGCCCCAUGUGGCGAGGGGUCCUUGUGGAUCACUAUCCGGAGUCAGAGGCAAUCAGGCCCAGGCUGCGUUGAAGGCUGAACAAGACAUGAAGGCCAAACAGAGAGCCGAGGUUCUGCAGUCCACCCAGCGAUUCUUCUCCGAGCAGCAGCAGACUAAGCCGAUGGGAGGCAAGGCCCCCAAAGUGGACAACGACGCGGCCAAACCCUCCGAGCCUCUGACCGACCCCCCGGGUGUUUGCCAGGAGAAAGUCGAGGAGAAGCCCCCUCCCGCUCCAACCACGUCGACAAAACCCGUUAGAACUGGGCCAAUUAAACCUCAGGCAAUCAAAACCGAAGAGACAAAGUCUUAAAAGGCAUUGGAUCACUGUUGGGGG